UGCUGUGAGAAAGGAGUAUACCCAAUAAGUAAGCCCAAAGAAGCUGUUUGCUUCGUGAUACCAGCAGAUAAGCCUGGCAAACCUUGGUGUGAUUGAAGAAGCCAGUUUGACACUCAUCCUAGCCCAGGCAAGCUACCGGGCCUCGCCUGAGCUCAAGGAACCUCGACACAAUGGUGUUCGCAUUUUGGAAGGUCUGUCUGAUCCUAAGCUGCUUUGCAGAUCAAGGUAGUAUGGUACAGGUGACCAUCCCAGACAGCGUCGUGAAUGUGACUGUUGGAUCUGAUGUCACGCUUGUCUGUACCUACACCAGCACUGUGGUCUCCCGGGACAAGCUUUCCAUCCAGUGGUCAUUCUUUCAUAAGAAGGACUUACCACCAACUUCCCACAGCCCGUGCCUCAAUACUGAGGGUAUGGAGGAAAAGGCAGUCAGUCAGUGUCUAAAUAUGGCGCAUGCAAGAGACGCUCGGGGAAGAUGUAGCUGGACCUCUCAGAUUUACUAUUCUGAAGGUGGACAAGCUACAGCCAUCGGGCAAUUUAAAGGUCGGAUUGUAGGGUCCAACGACCCAGAUAACGCAUCUAUCACUAUUUCACAUAUGCAACCAACAGAUAGUGGUGUCUACGUCUGUGAUGUUAACAACCCCCCUGACUUUGUUGGAAAAAAUCAAGGCAUCCUCAAAGUCAAUGUGUUAGUCAAACCUUCUAAGCCCCUUUGCAGCAUCCAAGGACUACCAGAAACUGGCCAUCCUAUAUCUCUUUCUUGCCUCUCGGUCCUUGGGACACCUUCCCCUGUGUACUACUGGUAUAAAGUUGAAGGAGGAGACAUCGUCCCAGUGAAAGAAAACUUCAACCCAGCCACCGGGAUUUUGGUUAUUGGAAAUCUGACCAAUUUUGAACAAGGUUAUUACCUGUGCACUGCUAUCAACAACCUUGGCAAUAGUUCCUGCGAAAUUGAUCUAACUUCUUCACAUCCAGAAGUUGGAAUCAUUUUGGGGGCAUUGGUGGGCACCGUAGUAGGUGCCACCAUUAUCAUCUCUGUUGUGUGCUUCGCAAAGAGCAAGGCAAAGGCGAAGGCAAAGGGGAAAGGAAGGAAGAGAAAUUCGAAAACCACCACAGAACUUGAACCAAUGGCAAAGAUAAAACAAAGUACAGAGUGCGAGGUCAUACCAGCUGAAGACGUUACCCACCUAGAGGCGCCUCUGCCACCUUCCAUCCAUGAGAAUGAACCUGAUACCAUCCUGGGACCAGAUUGUGAGCCUAACCCCGAGCCUGAGCCUGUCCAGGAGCCUGCUCCACAGCCUGCCUCGGGUCCUGAGCCUGUUCUGGUGCCUGAGGUUGAGAUAGAGCAGGAGCAGGAGCCGGAGCCUGAGCCUGAGCCUGGGCCUGAGCCUGAGCCCGGGAUUGGCAUCCAGCCCUUGAGUGGCAAGGAAAAGGGAGCGAAUAAGCCAUAGGCCGGUAGCCUAAGUAGUGUUCAUCACUAAGGAACCCAUAAUUGGGAUUUGGAAUUCAGCUGACAUAACCAAUCUCCCACCACCUCCCUCCAUUCUAACCAACCCUCUUCUAACAAGGUGCUCCCACCAUCAAUCCUAAAUAAACAGGUCAAGAUAACUACUAAAUAAGCACAAGGGUUCCUGCAUUACUUACCAUUUUACUAACAUGUAAGCAUAACUAAGGAUAAGGCAUGUGAUUUCUAAUUCAGUUGAAAGUGUUUUGUAGCAACAUCUACUUUGUAUUUCAGAAAACUGUAUUUCUCUAUUUUUAGCUACACUUUGUUACAUUCCACAUGCACACAUGACAAGGUGGCAUUAACUGGGGUCCAUAUUAUUUCUAUGAUCAGCCGUCCAGGCUUCCCUAUUCAUUUUCACAUUUCACAUUGGCCCCAAAGACAAGAGUUUACCAGCAUUCUGUCAUAGAUUAGAAAAAACAAUCCUCAAAAAUUCCGGAGGAGAAUAAAGGGUACAUCUUAAUUGGUACAUAGCAUUUAAAACUAGGUCUUGAAAUCAGUGUUUCAUUUAUCACAUUAGAUUUCCCAAGGACCCACCCUGCUAUACAAUAUCUUGAGCAUAGCAACAUUUUUAAAUAACCUAAUUUUAAAUUGAAAAUAAUGUACAGGUAGUACAUUCCAGGUAGUAGACAAUUCCAAAUAGUAUUUUCCUUUGGUGAAUACACAUCAUAGGGGAUGUACAAUUUCACUUUUAAUGAGAUAUUACGUUACUACUGUGUCCGAUGCUAUCUACUUUGGAAGGGCCAGAAAUGGGAAACUGUUUUAAAUGAACACCUAAGAUCUAUUUUAGAUAAUCUGAACUAAUUAUUUGAUCUGUUUCGCUUUGGGGAUAUUCCACGUGAAUAGAUACUAUUCUUGUAUAAAUGCUAAAUAUUAACUAAAGUGCAUUGAUGUCACCUCUUCUCCACCUGUUAAAAUGUCUUUUCCAUUGAUCAUAUUUUACCCACGUCCUACCUUGAAGAAAUUUAUAGGUAGACUUUUUCAUCUGUAAUCAGAGUUUCUAUCUUAUUUUGAAGUUCAAUAAAUAAUACUAAUAAAAUCUUACUUUAAUGCUC